AUGGGCUGUGGGUGGCUGUGGCUGCUGCUGGCGCUGCUGGCCGGGCUCUGGGUGCAGCCGGGCCAGGCCGGGCACUGCCAGGACGGGCGGCUGAGGCUGGGCUGGGGCGGCGGCACCAAGUGCUGCCCCAACUGCAGCUGGGAGGCAGGAAACCCCGAGCCCUGCGAGGCAGCGCGGGACCCUGACUGCAAAUGUCCCCAAGGCUACAGCUGUGCCGACAAGGCCUGCCAGUUCUGCCAGGAGCUGCCGCGGUGUGAGCCGGGAUGGGAGCCCAGCAGGAUCGGAACAGUGAAUUUCCAGUUCGGGUGUGAGCCCUGCCGGAACGGGAGCUAUUCCAGCAGCAGGAACAGCUGGUGCCGCAACUGGACUGACUGUGAGAGCAGCGGGUUCAUCAUGCUCCGGGCAGGGAACAGCACCCACAACUCCGUGUGCAGCUUACCCGUCAAAGCCCUGGAGCCAGCUCGGAUUCCCCUGGAAUUCUCCUCCAGCUCUGUCCUGGCCGUCCUGGCGGCCGCGGCCGUGUUCGUGCUGGUCCUGCUCACGCUCCUGCUGCACUUCUGCAUCUGGAGCCUCCGCCGGGACAAAACAUUCCCACCCGGAGAUCCGGGACACAACUUCCCACGGGCGCCGCCGCAGCUCCCGCUCCAAGGGGAGGAAUCCCACAGCAUCCAAUUCCCAGAGGAGGAGCGUGGGGACAAAACGGCUGAGGAAAAACUUUCCAUCCUCUCCCUGAAAAUCUACAGCGAGCUCAGCUAACGGAUCCCUCCCAGGAUCACCGGGAAUGCGGGGCUGAGCUGGGCUUCCCAAAAAACCAAAAAAACGCGGGAAUGGGAUGGGGUGUGAGACAUCACUUCUCUGUAGGAAAAGGAGUGGAUUUAGGGCAAGUUUGGGUUUGUUUUUCCCCAAAAAAUGGGAAUUUAGGGAUAAAAUCCCGCUGAUUCAGGCUGGUGUUGAUUCAGGAAGAGAUCAGUGGGAUUUCCUGGAAUAUCCCGAUUUCCAGGAUCGGGAAUAGCGGCCAUGUCUCCUGGUUUUCCCUCAGCUUUCCCAAUUGUUCAUUCCCAACCUCAUUCCAGCCUCUCCUAAUCUCAUUCCUGCUCCCACCCAAAGAUUCCCUCGGGAAGCUCCUGCUGUGCUGCCAGGGAUUUUCCUGUGCAGGUUCUUCCAAGGAAAGUUGGGAAAAGGGGGAGUGAAGCUCAUGUAGGGAAUGGUCAGAGCUCCAAAAAAAUGGAGGGAAUGGGAAAAAAUUCUGGAAAACGCUCUCAAGUGGGAUUUUAGGAUUUCUGAUCCCUGUGAGACCCUUCCCACUUAGGAUAUUCCAUGAUUUUAUGAUGAAUUCCAGCAGGUUUUGGAAGUUUUUGAGAUGCCAACAUCUGUAUCGGUAAUUGUGGAUCAUUAGGGAUCAUUAGGGUUAAUUAGGGAUAAUUCAGGAUGAGUUUCUCAUCUCUUUGGUGGUUAUUCAAUGGAAAUCCAUGGAAAUUCCUGGGAUUUCAGAGGGUUUCAAUCCGUGCACAUGGAUUUAAAGCUCUCUUGGAUGAUCCUUGGAUUUUGGAUCAACUCCAGAGAGCCCGGCUGGGAAAUCUGGGAAUGUUCCCCUGGAGCAGGAUUGGGAUAAGGGAUGGAGGGACAGGACAAUGGGAACG